AAAAAGAAGAAGAAGAAGAAGAAGAAGAAGAAGAAGAAGCCCCUUCUGCGCAUGUGUGCGUGUCUCAAAUCACCCAGGGCUCUGAUUGUGUCUUGACAGACUCAAGUCUUGACCUCGCGUCGCUGUCCAAGUGUCUACCGCUUGAUUACCGACAAGCAGGAAUAUCAAUGUUUGUGGAAACUUCUGUUGCAGUAGCGCCUUGGCGUUUUUCUAAAUUAAUAUGCUUCAGAGACUUGAGCUGGUUCUCUCCACAUGGACCGAGAAGCCGAUUACAGGUCCGACAUUUCAAUGGCAGUCAGGUUCAUUGUAAGAAGGCUCCGAGUGUAAACAAGCCCACAGAAAAAGUUCACAUCCCGGGACUGGAUAUGGUCACUUACGGAGAAAAGAUGCACCAUGUCCCGUGGCUAGCUAAGCCUUUUUCUCCACAGUGGAAAAGGCACCGUAAGGAUCCCCAGUUUUACAGGUCUCCUCCACUUGAUGACAUGCCUUUGUAUCGAGAGACACCGUGUCAUGUCUUCAACCAGAGGACCAGCGCACUUGAAGGUGUUCGCCAGGCCCUUUGGGUAACCAAAAGCAAGGCAGUCUCUGGUUUGCCACCUCAGCUUCUAUCACUGGCAGAGAAUCCUGCCAAUCAAUUACCAAAUCAAGAUGACCGUGUUCAGAACGCCAUCAAACAUGCCCGCUUCUGGGACACAACUGAGGAGCGACCAGAACAUUACAGCAACCCACUCCUCUUGAACCUGCUCCAUCUUUGUGCCACGCUUCAGUCCAGCCACCCAUUGAUUGGAAGGAGAAUGUUAACUGAGAAAUAUUCAUUGGCAGCUUCAUGGAAAAGAGGUGAAAACUUGUUUCAGGUUCGGGGACAAAAUGGUUUGAUAUAUAACAGCAUGGAUCCUCUACCAAGGGUCUCUGAUAAAAAGCAAGUGUCAGACACAGCAGAUCAUGUUCUUGAAACAUUUUAUCCUGUGUCGCCUACGGUGGAUUUUCAGAAGGUACAUGUGUACAAGGAGAUGAACUGUACAGGUUUCAGAGGACAGCAUCAUUACCCUCAUGCCCACACAAUUUACUUCCUGGAGCGUGAUGUUGCUUACAAGCUUCUCCCUGAGCAGUUCAGAGCCAAGAUCAUCAUGUUUCUUUUUGGAAAUGCUCUGGCACGUGCACAUAUGCUUUACGGGGCCAACACUUCUAGUGUCUUGGAUCAUCCUAUCACAAUACAGGGCGUCGGGACCAAUGGCAGACUUUUCCAGUUCGUUGUUUUCCAACUCAACACUACAGAUUUGAGAGAAGACGAUGGCAUCAAAAACCAGGUGUGGAUGGAGGAAGAUGUUGAGCUCUAUGAGUUUGCAAAGGUCAGACCACUCUUCAAGAAGAAGCAACUGAAGAUCCCAGCUGGUCUUGCAGGAUACAAGCCAGAGACAUUCUCCAAAUUCCUUGCCCUAUACCUUCACGGUGCUGUGUAGCACUAAAGACCUCCAUUCAUAGUUGUGAAUAAAUAUGUAUGUGUGAAAGUUUGAGGUUAUGGGAAAUUAUCUCAAAACUUCCUUGACAUUAAGUGAAAAAAAUUUGUGAAACUACAAAUAGACUGAUAUUAAAUUCUGACAUAUUCCAAUAUCACUGUAUUAAAUUUACAGCUCUAAAAUGUCCUUUUUUAAGAAAAAAUAAAAUCUCUUUAUUUAUUUUUUUUUUUUUAGAUAUUUGGAUUACUGCACAGAAUCACAGACUAUAGAACUACUAUCUACAUUUUAUGUAUUUUUUUGUGUAUUUAAUCAUUUAGUUCGUAUAUAGGGGAGGGAAACUCUUGAACCACACUCCAGUCCAGAUGGUGGCGGUAAUGCUCCGUAAAAACUGGUUGCCAACCGCCUUUAAACCAA